AGUGUGGUUCUUCAGUCGCGCUGUUCUUUGUUGGCAAUGUGAAUGGUGUAGUGAAUAAACAUAAUAUGGUGUAAAAUUAAUUCUCAAUCGGAAUACAUGGAUGGGAACUGAAUGUGUUGGGGGAUUGAGGAAAAAUACUUGGCGUGUGUGUUGUCACCAUUAUUUCUCGGUGUAGUGUCGGGCAAGUAGCCAGUUGAACUCCGAAGCGACGACAGUGUCGACUUUGGAUACUCAUUUUCAUUUCCAAUCCCAUUUCCCGAGUUUUAGUUGUGUUUUGGCAGCAGUUGGACACGGAAGGCUGCCCUGUUUCUUAGCUUUUGUAUCUUCUUUUUCUUCAAGUUUUUUUUUUUUUGAAUUUUGGUUUGGCUUUGUUGUUUUCUGUCUCUGGGUUUCAUUGUACUGGAAGAGCCCCUUAUCGCCGUGUUUCUUAUCGGGAAUCGAGAGUCCGUCUCAUAAGCUGACAGAGUGAGAACACCAAAGGCAGGGAAUUUCGACUCAUUAGACAUUUUUGUGCUUAGUGAAGUGGACGGUAUUCUUUAGAGAUUUUGAUAUUUUUGGACUGUUGGACAACAGGGUGUUUUGUGACAAAAGAUACCCCGAUUCUCAGAACAAUCCAUAGUAUUUGCAAACGAGGAAGAACUCUGUUCAAGAGUGGAUCACAAUGGUUGAAGAGGAUAUUGUAACGAGUAAUUUACUCCCUGAUUCCGACAGGAAAAGUGGAGCUGUGAAGUUGCAGAUCGUCCCAAGUCAGCCAAAGACACUAUCCCAUCUGCCUAAUCGACCUGCCGUAGAUUUGGCCUUCGAGAACCUCACCUAUCGCGUUAAGGAGGGCAGAAAGAGCAAUGCCAAAGUCAUCCUCAAGGAGGUCAGCGGAAGGCUGCGUUCGAAGGAGCUUACAGCUAUCAUGGGUCCGUCCGGUGCUGGCAAGAGCACUCUCCUCAACAUUCUCUCUGGCUACAAAACCACAAAUAUCGAGGGGUCAAUUACGAUGAAUGGGAAGGAGAGGAAUUUGAGCUUGUUUAGAAAAUACUCAGCUUACAUCAUGCAGGACAAUCAACUUCAUGCCAAUCUUACAGUUGAGGAAGCCAUGACAGUGGCCGCGAACUUGAAACUCAGCUCCAAGAAGCCCAAAACAGAGAAAAACCUUGUGAUACGCGAAAUUCUGGAUACGCUGGGUCUUCAGGAGCACCGCACCACGAUGACGAGGAAUCUGUCUGGUGGUCAGAAGAAGCGCUUGUCCAUUGCCCUUGAAUUGGUCAACAAUCCGCCCGUGAUGUUUUUCGACGAACCCACAAGUGGCCUGGACAGCUCUACCUGCUUCCAGUGCAUAAAUCUGCUGAAGAUGUUGGCUCGUGGUGGAAGGACUAUCAUCUGCACGAUUCACCAGCCCUCUGCUAGAUUGUUUGAGAUGUUUGAUCAACUGUACACACUUGCUGAUGGACAGUGCGUCUAUCAGGGCAGUACCAAGCAGCUGGUACCUUUCCUCAGUACUCUUGGUCUUGAGUGUCCGAGCUACCACAAUCCAGCCAGUUACGUGAUUGAGGUGUCUUGUGGAGAGCACGGAGAUCACACGAGGAAACUGGUCAACGGUAUCCUCAAUGGGAAGAGAGAUAUCAGGACAGAACUGGAUUUCAUUGACAAGAAGAAUGAUGCUUCAAGUGCCUUGGUCAAGGUUCACACGAAGAAGGUCGUCGACAAGAAUGAUGUGCAGAAUGUUGGUGAGAAGUUCGCAGAUAAUCUCAAUGCGAACGGCAAUGGUGUCAUCAAGGCCACCAUCAACAAUGACAUCGCCAAAGAGAAUACCACCGUAUCCAUUCCCAUUGACAUCGACAAAGAACUGGACGUCAAUUCAGCAUUGCUUCCGGAUGAGAUGUUGGAAGCUACGGAGAAUCCUGCAAGAUACGCUACAACCAUGUUUCACCAAUUCUGGGUUGUGCUGAAGAGGACCCUCCUGUUCAGCAGGCGUGACUGGACGUUGAUGUACCUUCGAUUGUUCGCUCAUGUCAUGGUGGGAUUCCUUAUUGGUGCUCUCUACUACGAUAUUGGCAAUGAUGGUGCCAAGGUGCUCAGUAACCUGGGAUUCCUCUUUUUCAACAUGCUAUUCCUCAUGUACACCUCAAUGACCAUCACUAUCUUAUCAUUCCCUCUAGAAAUGCCUGUUCUUCUCAAAGAGAACUUCAACCGGUGGUAUUCUUUACGAUCCUAUUACAUGGCCAUCACGAUCUCGGACAUUCCAUUCCAGGCCAUCUUUUGUGUGAUCUACGUAUCGAUUGUCUACUACUUCACCUCGCAGCCAUUUGAGAUGUUUAGGUUCUCAAUGUUCCUGACAUCGUGCCUUUUGAUAUCUUUCGUGGCUCAGAGCGUGGGUCUUGUGGUAGGGGCUGCAAUGAAUGUCCAGAAUGGUGUAUUCCUGGCUCCAGUUAUGUCAGUGCCUUUCCUCCUGUUUUCCGGAUUCUUUGUCAGUUUCGACGCCAUUCCUGUCUACCUAAGGUGGAUCACCUACCUCUCCUAUAUCCGCUACGGUUUUGAGGGAACAGCUCUGGCGACCUACGGCUACAAUCGCGAGAAACUCAAGUGCUACCAGACCUACUGCCACUUCAAAUCACCCACAACGACACUGGAAGAAUUGGACAUGCUCGAUGCCAACUUCACAUUGGACAUUGUGGCUCUUUUGGUGAUCUUUACGGUGCUCAGGGUAGCUGCUUUCCUCUUCCUGAGAUGGAAGCUAAGAACAGCACGAUAGACAUAACUCUCUAUGGGAAUUUUUUGGGCUGAGCCCAACUAAAUCAGGUCAAAUCAUCGUCUUUAGCUACUCUCUUUAACACAAAAAAAAGCGCAAUUGUUAGAAUUAUUAAGUACUUAUUUAAGAUGAAGGACACAUUAACACUCUUUUGCAAUAAAAAAAAAACAAAUAAAACUGUUCCACAAACUUCAGGCAAGAUUAGUCCAAAGUGAUUUGGUUUGAAAACAGGUUUAGUGGUACAAAGUAGAAAAUUUAUAAAAGAAGAUAACAAAUAAAAUGAAUAAUUUGAAUUGAAGGGCUGUGAUUACAUUCAACAGUGUGCGAUCCUUUAUAAUAAAAGAAAAUUAAAUAAAUUGAAGAGGGAAACUUUUUUCAUGACUUGCCAAUAACUUCAAUUUGCGAGAAUUGCAAAUAGAGUUCGCAUAUAGGUGGACUCUAUCAUUACAAGCAACACACUAUUCUUCAAAAUGGCAAAAGGGCUUUACUCUUAAGAAUUUUUUAUAAUAUGUUCAAGCUUUUUUUGAAGGUGAAAAAAAUAUAACAGUGGAAAGAUUGGAUAAUUAAGAAAUGUUUUUAAAGUAACGAAAACAUUUACUAAUUUAUGAUAGAGGGGCCAAUUUUGUUUUUUUUUUUUUUAUUUUUAAUUUAGUCACAUUAUUUUUUUGUAUUUUUGAAAUACGUGGCAGAAUGUGCAGGGAGGAUGAUAAUUAAAAAAAAUAGAUCAAUAAAGAUUUAUUAAAAAUUGAAA